AACUCGUGCGUUAUUAUGGCGUGGAGCAUGGACGGGCGAGCUGACGAGGACGAGGCGCCACCUGACCCGGCCGCCAGGAAGCCAGUCCAUCAUGACUAUACAGAGCAGGACUUUGAAGGUCACAGAGCGCACACGGUGUUCGUGGGCGUCCACGUGCCGGCGCGGAGACACUCCCACAGGAAGCACAAGCACCACCACCGCAAUGGGGACAAGGAGGAUAGGCCAGGCCCAGCAAUAAUGGCUCGCGUGAGAAGACUGAGCGUAACAGAAGACGGGGAAACACUGACUCCUCCGGCUCAAAGAGUACAAUUUAUACUCGGCGAAGAUGCAGACGACACGACCCUGGAAUCACAUCCUCUCUUUUCCGAGAUGGAGGAGCUGGUUAAGGACGGAGACGAGCUGGAGUGGAAGGAGACAGCUCGGUGGAUCAAGUUCGAGGAGGACGUCGAGGAAGGCGGCAACAGAUGGUCGAAACCACACGUAGCAACCCUAUCUCUACAUUCGCUUUUCGAGCUCCGAAGUCUCAUUUUAAACGGAUCCGUCAUACUAGAUUUAGACGCGAGCUCGUUGGAGCAAGUGGCCGAGAACGUUCUAGACAGCAUGGUCACAGACGGUUGCUUAGCAUACGACAAAAGAGAGAGAGUGAAAGACGCUCUACUGAGGAGGCAUCGCCAUCAACACGAGAAAAGAAACCACAACAACAUGUCGAGGCUCCCUUUGAUAAGGUCUCUGGCGGAUAUAGGGAAAAAUCACUCUUCAUGUAAAAAUUUCCAGGAUGGCGGGCCUCGACGUCCCGCCCCAAGGAACUGUCCCCCGACACACAUCUCUCUCCUCCAAGCGCACGACUCCAGGGGCUCGUACCUAGCUGUACCAGUUGACGAAGGCGGGACGACAAGUGGAAAAGGAGAUUUCGGUCGAUUCUUAGGCCUCGCUAGCGCGGGUGGAGCACACGAGGACAUGAUGGUCAAAAGCCCAAGCAGCUUAUCCAUGCACCGAAAUCACAGCUCGGGAGACUUGCCCAUGAACGGGGACAUAAACCACAAAUGCAAUACUCAUUUCAUGCGAAAAAUCCCACCCGGCGCUGAAGCGUCUAAUAUUCUCGUGGGCGAAGUUGAUUUUAUAGAAAAAACGUUAUCAGCCUUUGUCCGGUUAAAAACCGGAACUAUAAUGGGAGAUUUGACUGAGGUUCCCGUACCGACCCGUUUUAUGUUUGUGCUACUCGGACCGCCAAAUAGUAACUCGAGCUUUCACGAAAUCGGCCGAGCGAUGGCGACCCUUAUGUCCGACGAAAUUUUCCACGAAGUCGCCUACAGAGCCAAAAAGAGAGAUCAUCUUUUAGCAGGAAUCGAUGAAUUUCUCGACGCUGUGACUGUCUUGCCACCCGGCGAGUGGGAUCCCGCCAUAAGAAUAGAACCUCCUGCCGCAAUCCCGUCCCAAGAUGUCCGUAAACGUCCAAACGAUAAUAAUCAGAAAGAGGAAUUCGACGAAGAAGAGGAGGAACAAAAACAGAGAGAAGAAUCGGGCUUGGCAAGAAGUGGAAGGCUUUUCGGUGGCUUAAUAAACGAUCUCAAAAGAAAAGCACCAUGGUAUUGGUCCGAUUUUAAAGACGCAUUGGCCUUACAAUGCAUAGCGUCCUGGAUAUUUCUCUACUUUGCAUGUUUAUCUCCAAUCAUAACAUUCGGUGGCUUAUUGGGCGAAGCGACUGGAAAGAACAUGGCUGCAAUGGAGUCGUUAGUUUCUGGUUUUGUCUGUGGAAUGGGGUAUGGAUUCUUUUCCGGCCAACCAUUGACAAUAUUGGGAUCAACUGGUCCUGUUUUAGUAUUCGAAACCAUAGUUUUUGAGUUUUGUAAGCAAAUCGGAUGGGACUACAUGUCCUUCAGAUUUUGCAUAGGCACAUGGACUACCAUCAUUUUGAUAACUCUAGUGGCUAUCGACGCCAGUGCUCUUGUUUGCUACAUAACAAGAUUUACAGAGGAGAACUUCGCCACACUAAUUGCAUUUAUAUUUAUUUACAAGGCCGUGGAAAAUGUGAUAUCUAUCGGAAAAAAGUACCCUGUGAAGACACACCCAGAUGAAGUUCUCAAUUACAACUGCUAUUGUUUACCGAGCAAUUACUCCAGAGUACCCGAGCACUUCAAUUGGUCGACCGUCAAUAGAGAAUUCUGUCAGGUCUACAAUGGUACUUUAUCUGGAGAAGGUUGUGAUACCAAAGUGUAUGUACCAGAUGUAUUUCUUAUGUCUAUCAUACUCUUCCUCGGAACUUUCAUAAUAUCUGUAAUUCUCAAAGAUUUCAAAAACUCUUUGUUUUUCCCAGCCAAGGUUCGUCAAAUAAUAAGCGACUUCUCCGUCAUAAUUGCGAUUUUAUCGAUGUCAUUCUUGGAUUACAAGGUGGGUGUGAAGACGCCAAAACUAGAAGUCCCCUCGGAAUUCAAACCAACGUUACCCAGUAGAAAUUGGGUGAUCACACCAUUCAAUGGAAACCCAUUCUGGUCAGCCCUGGUGGCAAUAUUGCCUGCACUGCUGGGUACAAUUCUAAUAUUCAUGGAUCAGCAAAUAACAGCAGUCAUAGUGAACAGGAAAGAGAACAAGCUGAAGAAAGGAUGCGGUUAUCAUCUCGACCUAUUUAUCCUUGCCAUAUUGAUACAGAUAUGUUCAAUAAUGGGUCUGCCGUGGUUCGUGGCUGCAACCGUACUUAGCAUCAACCACGUCAAUUCUCUGAAAGUAGAAUCAGAAUGCGCAGCGCCUGGGGAGAAACCCCAAUUUUUGGGGGUAAGAGAGCAAAGGAUAACCCACAUUUUAAUAUUCAUAACGAUCGGAUGCUCCGUUUUGCUGACUCCUGUCUUGCGCCACAUUCCCAUGCCUGUGCUUUUUGGCGUAUUCCUCUACAUGGGUGUUGCAUCACUCAAAGGAUUGCAAUUCUUCGACAGAAUUUUGAUCAUGUUUAUGCCACAGAAGUACCAACCAGAUCACAUGUUUCUACGUCAGGUUCCGAUUCGCAGAGUGCAUCUGUUUACGGCAAUCCAGCUGGCUUGCCUCAUAUGUCUGUGGGUCAUAAAGUCAUUCUCGAGUACAUCAAUUCUAUUCCCUCUAAUGUUAGUCGUAAUGAUCGGAAUAAGGAAGUCCUUAGAUCUAAUGUUCACGAGGCGUGAGCUGAAAAUUUUGGACGACGUUAUGCCAGAAAUGACGAAGAGAAAUCAAGACGAACUCUGUGAGCUCGGUGAUGCAGAGGUGGGAUGGCUUGCGAAAAUCUUAGGCCUUUGCAUUAGAAAAUAGCGAUCAUGUUUUUGUUAUCAUGAGUCAUGUGUCAGUCGGAAAGU